AUAUACCCGAACCGAACAAAAGUGACUGAGGCAAUCAGCCCAAUAGUGGACGAAACGCACCGGUAAGGAAUACUAGCGACUCGAUACACAUGGCUUCAGUGUCCCUUCAGGGACAAUAAGCAGCGCGUUAGGAAGGCAGUUGAUUUCCUCCGUAGCGUUUGCAGGCUGUGGAUACUGCGCAGCCCACGGAGCAUCCGCUGGGAAGAGGGGCGCGAGAGAUCCACGAGAAGGGGCAGCAAGCCGCCUGAUUGACAGCUCGAAAUCUGAUCUUGUGAAAGAGACGCGGAGCCAAUGGGAGGCAGCGAUCCAUCAGUUUGGAUUGGAGGCCCCUGGAGGAGAAGUAGAGGAAAAACCACCGAAUUGAGCUCUGUCAGAGGCGCUUUCGGCUUCCAAAGGGGAAGUGCUGGGCAAUAAUUAAUGUUUUUAUUAAAUUUGGAGGGAAUUUUUUGCAGCCGUUCGCCUAGCGUGGCCUUCAGUCCCGUUAGGUGCAAAGCAAGUCUCGUUGAUCGCCAUUGCUAGUUUUGCACACGUUUGCGAAUCAGAGCUGCCCGGGGUACACCGACCGCGCAGGGAAACAUCGAGAGUGUAAAUAAAUACAUCGCCUCUUGUUCGGAUUUUUGCUACUGCCGAAAAUAUGUAAAUUGUGAACUCUCUUGGCUCUCUUUGGAUCCAGGUUGAUAGAAGUCCAGAUCCCGAGGAAAUCUCCAGCUAAAUGCUCAAAAUAUAAAACACUCAGCUGAGAUUUGCGAAGAGAAGCAGAAUGGAUGGAUUUUAUGACCAGCAAGUGCCUUACAUGGUCACCAAUAGUCAGCGUGGGAGAAAUUGUAACGAGAAACCAACAAAUGUCAGGAAAAGAAAAUUCAUUAACAGAGAUCUGGCUCAUGAUUCCGAAGAACUCUUUCAAGAUCUAAGUCAAUUACAGGAAACAUGGCUUGCAGAAGCUCAGGUACCUGACAAUGAUGAGCAGUUUGUGCCAGACUAUCAGGCUGAAAGUUUGGCUUUUCAUGGCCUACCACUGAAAAUCAAGAAGGAACCCCACAGUCCAUGUUCAGAACUCGGCUCUGCCUGCAGUCAGGAGCAGCCCUUUAAAUUCAGCUAUGGAGAGAAGUGCCUGUAUAAUGUCAGUGCCUAUGAUCAGAAGCCACAAGUGGGAAUGAGGCCCUCCAACCCCCCAACACCGUCCAGCACCCCAGUGUCCCCACUACACCAUGCAUCUCCAAACUCCACUCACACUCCGAAGCCAGACCGCGCCUUCCCAGCUCACCUCCCUCCUUCGCAGCCCAUACAAGAUAGCAGCUACCCCAUGGACCACAGGUUUCGCCGCCAGCUAUCUGAACCCUGUAAUUCUUUUCCUCCUUUGCCGACAAUGCCAAGGGAAGGACGUCCUAUGUACCAACGGCAGAUGUCUGAGCCAAACAUCCCCUUCCCACCUCAAGGCUUUAAGCAGGAGUACCACGACCCGGUGUACGAACACAACACCAUGGUUGGUGGUGCAGCCAGCCAAAGCUUCCCUCCUCCUCUGAUGAUUAAACAGGAACCCAGAGACUUUGCAUACGAUUCAGAAGUGCCUAGCUGCCACUCCAUUUAUAUGAGGCAAGAAGGCUUCCUGGCUCAUCCCAGCAGAACAGAAGGCUGUAUGUUUGAGAAGGGCCCCAGGCAGUUUUAUGAUGACACCUGUGUUGUCCCAGAGAAAUUUGAUGGAGACAUCAAACAGGAGCCAGGAAUGUAUCGGGAAGGACCCACAUACCAGCGGCGGGGAUCCCUUCAGCUCUGGCAGUUUUUGGUGGCUCUUCUGGAUGAUCCUUCAAAUUCUCAUUUCAUUGCCUGGACUGGGCGAGGCAUGGAAUUUAAACUGAUUGAGCCUGAAGAGGUGGCCCGGCGUUGGGGCAUUCAGAAAAACAGGCCAGCUAUGAACUAUGAUAAACUUAGCCGUUCACUUCGCUAUUAUUACGAGAAAGGAAUCAUGCAAAAGGUGGCUGGAGAGAGAUAUGUCUACAAAUUUGUGUGCGAUCCGGAAGCUCUCUUCUCCAUGGCCUUCCCAGAUAAUCAGCGCCCACUGCUGAAGACGGACAUGGAACGUCACAUCAAUGAGGAGGACACGGUGCCUCUGUCUCACUUUGACGAGAGCAUGGCCUACAUGCCCGAAGGGGGCUGCUGCAACCCCCACCCCUACAACGAAGGCUAUGUGUAUUAACGCAAGGGACAGUCACGCAGGGCCUCUUCUCGCUUCUCCUCUUUCUGCAGGUUGCGGAGAAUCUCUCGAGUUCUCUUCAAUCUUUGUUUGAUUUUUGUUGUUUGUAUUUUAUUUUUAAAUAAUAAUACACAAAAAGGGGCUUUCCUGUUGCAUUAUUCUAUGGUCUGCCAUGGACUGCGCACUUUAUUUGAGGGCGAGAGGGAGUAAUCUAAACAUUUAUUCUGUGUAACAGGAAGAUAAUGGGUGAAUGGGUCGGGGAACAUGGGGAUUACUUUUUACUUAGGCUUGGGAUGGGGUCUUACAGGUUUUACGUAUGAUGAAGCUAUAUCAUGUUUGUUUGAUUUCCUAACAACGUAAGAAAAUGUUCAUUUUCUCUGGGUAUCUAUGGUACAGUUAAUUCACAUUGUGUAAAUAUCCACUUGGAGACUAUUUGCCUUGGGCAUUUCCCCUUAUCACUUCUGAGUCUCUGCAAGGUGUACAAAAAACAAACAAAAACAAAAAAACUAAAAAACAAACAAAAAAAACAAACAAAAAAACCCUACUGUAAAUGGCAAUUUAAUUGUUAGAAAUGACUGGUUUUGCACCUGUUGUAAAAAGGUAUUUAGAGAUCGCAUUUGCUGUUUUUUGUUUUGUUUUGCUUUCUCUCUGACUCACAGAGGAUAACCAUAAAAUGGGUCUUUCUCUCUGCAGUUGAGUGAUCACCAUGACUGUAAAUGAGGGGCACAAAUUUUGGACUCUGGCUCCAAACUGAGUCACAGGCCAGUAGCAUUCCGUGUACCUGGUGCCACCUUGCUGUUCAGAUACAAAUCAUACUGUCGUUUAAGUAUUUUGAAGCCCAUUUCAGUUAAAUAAUGAUAUGUCAUGAUCCUUUGAGAUCUUCAUUUAAAUGUUAAAUCUGGGAUCACAAUGAAGCAAAAAAAAAAAUCUCACUUCCUUCAGUACAUAAAGAAACAUUAUUUAAUCGAUAAGAAUUAACUGUACUAAAUCACAUAUUACGCUGUUCUAGAUACAGCAAGCACUCCUUAAGAAAAAUAUCCAAUACACUAAAUAGGUACUAUAGUAAUUUUUAGACAUGGUACCCGUUGAUAUGCAUUUAAACCUUUUACUGCUGUGUUAUGUUGAUAACAUAUAUAAAUAUUAGAUAAUGCUAGUGCUUCUGCUGCUGUCUUUUCUGUAAUAUUCUCUUUCAUGCUGAAUUUACUAUGACCAUUUAUAAGCAAUGCAGUUAACUACAGAUAGCAUUUCAGGACAAAAUAGAUGACUCAAACCAUUUAUUGCUUAAAAAAUAGCUUACGCCAUGCUAUGCUCUAAGCAGCUUUAAUGCACAUUGACAAAUGAAGAGUAAGCUUCAGCUUGCUAAGGGAAACUGUGGAAUCUUUUGUAACUUUUGGUGAAAUAGAAAAUUAUUUACAAAUUGUCAAAGACUCCAAGGAAGUUGCUGUAUGACAUAGUGCUGGCACUGAUAUUCAUCUUGUUUUGGACACUUGUGUAAAUGUGUUUGGAUUGUUUGAAAGAAGACUUAAAGAUGUAAAGUUUCAAAGAUUUUUGUUUUGUUUGUGUUUGGCAUUUGGAGAAAAUAUUGAAAGCAAGUUAAGUUGUUUCAUUCACCUAGGACAAAAAAAAAAAAAGUGAAUGGUGUUAUGAUAUCUUUGAAUAGCUUGCUAAACCAUUCAAAAAAGAAGCCCUAAUUUUGCUCAAUCCAUCAAUAUCCCAGAGGAACAACAUGUUUUAAGCACCUAGAGUGAAAUGUUAAAGAAGAAAAAAUCCUAAACACAAAGCCAGAAUGAACAUAUUAAAGCAUUUCUUGACGAGUACAGGAAAGAUUGUCAAAAGAUGAUUUCCUGGCUACCCGUUUUCCUGCGUGGCACAGAUCACAGCUCGUGUAUCUAAAUUGAACAGUUAUUGGGAAACCCACAUGCAUAAUCAACACUACUCACAUUUAAUCCUACAAAAAGGCCUAUUUUUAAUUUCAGCAUAUGUAUGUAACCUGUGAUUUCAAUGAUUGUUUCUGCAUAUACAUUAUAUAUCAUUUGGCCCAUUAUGGGCUAAUAAGUAUGCCUUAAAAAUGAGAACUUUUCCCCACCACUAUGCUCAUGUGGCCAUUUAUAGCACUUAGAGUAAAAACAAAUUUUAAAAUAUUCAACUAAAGAUUUAUUGGAAAGAGUAUUACCAUAUUGGGAGGAAUUGAAGGAGAAAUUAAAAGUGGGUCUUUAAAAUACCAUCUAAAUAAAGUUGUAUUGAGGAUUCUUUUUUCCCCCUCUUUUUCUUUUUUUCCUUUUUCUUUUUUCUUUUUAAAAUUCUUGUUCUAAUUUCCCAUUGGGGAAGAAUUCUGCCAUGACUUAUCUUAAGGGAUCAGAGGAAGAACUGGUAUUAAUUAUAUAUUUAAGGACAAACUUUUUCUGCUUAAGGUAGUGACUCACAAAACAAAAUGAGUAAUUGGCCAACAUUAAGGAUAUUUCCAGUACAGAAGGGUUCAAAACAUUGCAUUAUAAACUCUUCCGAAAUGUAUUCUAAGGUUUUUCUUUUUUCUUUUUUUAAAGUUCUGUUUUUAUUCUACUUUUUGUUCGCUUGUGGUUUUAUUUUCAGAUAGAUUAAUAAAUCUGGCAGCUGAUUUCUGCAA